AUGGGCUCGGAUAUUUCUAUACGGAGAGUGGAGAGUAUUGAAUUCGGUAUUUUGUCUCCUGAGGAUAUUAUAGCAAUGAGCGUCUGCAAGAUAGAGCACCCAGAGACAAUGGAAAGUGGAGUACCUAAAGAAGGAGGACUGGUGGAUUUGCGGUUGGGCACUUCAGAGAGGGGGUUUCUUUGCAGCACGUGCGGGCACAGAUCAGAUAGCUGUGUAGGACAUUUUGGGUAUAUCGAGUUAGCAAAGCCAGUGUUUCACAUAGGAUACAUAGGAAAAAUAAAAAAGGUGCUAGAGAGCGUGUGCUUCUUCUGUUCAAAGCUUCGGGUGGAGAAGAGCAUCUUGCACUCACCCAAGCCAAGGACACAAAAAGAAAGAAAAAGAAGAUUAAAUUACAUAUGGAAUUUGGCAAAAAACAGAGCAGUGUGCAUGGGAGAGCUGGUUGAAAGUGAAGACAAUCCUGAAGAGAAGCAAAGAACUGGGUGUGAAAACCGGCAGCCAACUAUAAGAAAAGAGGGUCUACACCUGCUUGCAUUUCAAAAGGGCGAAGAGUCAUCUGAAGGAAAAACCAUGCUAAGCGCUGAAAAGGUUUUAGAGAUACUUAGAAGAAUUCCAGAAGAUGACAUUGAAGCGCUUGGGUUUGAUUUGGAAAAGGCCCGGCCUGAGUGGAUGAUUAUACGGGUACUUCCCGUGCCGCCUCCACAGGUUCGGCCGUCCAUUGUUAUGGAGGGAUCUUUAAGAUGCGAGGAUGAUCUAACACACAAGCUGGCAGAUAUAAUUAAGGCAAGCAACAACCUUAAGAGAUAUGAGCAAGAAGGUGUAGCAGGGCACAUUAUUCGGGACUACGAACAGCUUCUUCAGUUUCAUAUUGCGACUCUAAUGAACAAUGAUAUUUCUGGGCAGCCACAGUCUCUGCAGAAGAAUGGAAGGCCGCUUAAGGCAAUUAGAGCAAGGCUGCGAGGUAAAGAAGGCAGGGUAAGAGGAAAUCUUAUGGGAAAGCGUGUGGACUUUAGUGCGCGUACUGUUAUCACUGCGGAUCCAAAUAUAAGCAUGAACGAGGUGGGUGUGCCAGAAGAAAUUGCAAGAAUGCUAACCUUCCCAGAAAGGGUGACCGAGUACAAUAUUGACAAACUAACCCAGCUUGUGCACAGAGGGCCGUAUAAUCAUCCAGGCGCGAACUAUGUAAUAAGAGAUGAUGGGCAGAAGAUAGAUCUGCGAUUUCACAAGGGCGAGGUACAUCUGCAGUGCGGAUAUGUGGUUGAAAGACAUUUGAGCAAUGGAGACACCGUGCUGUUCAACCGACAGCCAUCUCUUCACAAAAUGUCAAUGAUGGCGCACAGAGCACGGGUGAUGAAAUACUCCACAUUUAGGCUUAACCUUAGUGUUACAGCGCCGUAUAAUGCAGAUUUUGAUGGGGAUGAGAUGAACUUGCAUCUGCCGCAGUCAAUACCUGCGCAGGCUGAGCUGAAAGAACUGGCUCUGGUGGAGAAGAACAUUGUUUCUCCGCAGAGUAAUAAGCCAGUUAUGGGUAUUGUCCAGGAUACGCUGAUGGGGGUAUAUAAGCUCACGAGGAGAGAUCUUUUCUUAACAAGAAGCCAGGUUAUGCACCUGCACUAUGCAAUUGACAAUGGAAGCAAGCCUAUAAAGCCAACAAUACUGCGGCCAGCUGUCCUGUACACAGGAAAGCAGAUCUUCUCAGCAACACUUCCAGACGUUACUUAUAAAGGGCUUCAUUCUGAGCAUGUGCACGGAAAGAACUAUAGAGCAAACCCAAUGGAUAGCGAGGUUGUGAUAAAGAAUGGAGAGCUUCUUGCAGGAAUUAUAUGUAAAAAAACCGUGGGGACUGCGUCAGGUGGGCUUAUUCAUGUGAUUGCCAACGAUUUCCCGAGAAGCGUGUGUGUUGAUUUCAUUGAUGCACUGCAAAGGGCAAUUAGUACCUGGCUUAUGGCGUAUGAGACAUUCUCUGUUGGAAUUGGGGAUACGAUUGCAGACCCGUCCUCCAUGGAUAUGAUCAAAGAAGCAAUUGAGCAGGCAAAGGGGGAUGUAAAGGACAUUAUUGUACAGGCAGAAAGCAAUAAUCUUGAAAGACUUCCCGGCCUUACCAUGCGUGAGUCGUUCGAAGCUGCGGUCACCCUUGCGCUAAACAAAGCAAGAGAUACAAGCGGUACAUCCACACAGAAAAAUCUAAGAUCCCAGAACAAUAUUAAGCAAAUGGUGGUGUCUGGAUCAAAGGGUUCGUAUAUUAACAUUUCGCAGAUGAGUGCAUGUGUGGGCCAGCAGAGUGUGGAGGGGAAAAGAAUCCUUAACGGUUUUAGAGACAGAUCCCUCCCACACUUUACAAAGGAUGACUUCACAGCAGAGUCUCGAGGGUUUAUUAGCAGCUCUUAUGUAGCAGGCUUAUCACCAGUUGAGUUCUUUUUCCACGCAAUGGGAGGAAGAGAAGGACUGAUUGAUACGGCAGUUAAAACGGCCGAGACAGGAUAUAUUCAGAGAAGGCUAAUUAAGGCGCUGGAAGAUGCUCAGGUCCGGCAUGAUAAGAGUGUGCGAGAUGGAGAAGGGCAUGUUAUACAGUGUGCAUAUGGAGGAGACUGCUUCGAUGCAACAUAUGUGGAGAUGCAGUCGCUGGCCCUCUUCUGCUCACUCGAAAAAUUUUCUGAAAUGUACAUUAUAGAUUACUCAAUUCUUUCAGACUACCAUCUUUCGCCAUCUAUAUUAAGCUCAUUGAGGUUACCCAAAACCAAGGCGCUUUUAGCUGCAGAGGUGAAAAUGCUGCAGGAGGAGGCAAAGAAGCUGCAGAGCAAGCACUCAAAAGGGAAAAAGCCUCUUCCGGUUCCUUUUGAGAGAAUAUUCAGAGUGGCAGGAGAAAUGCGAUCAGCAAUUUCAUCUUCUUUUCCGGGAGUGGCUAUAAAGAUGGGGGAGGCAGGAAGCCAGAUGGGCAAGCACAGCCGCUUGCCGCAAUAUGGAUCAAGCACAUACCCAAAUGGCAUGGACAUGGAGAAUAUUAGGUGGAGCGGAGAAGAUCUUCUUCCAGAGACAAUUAUUAAAACACGGGAGGCAUUAGAAAAGGAGCUGCAGGCAGCAAUCAGUCAUGUAGAUGAAAUAUCCGAGAUUGCGUUUUCUUUAUUCAGAGCGCAUCUUCGGGGGUAUUUCACUGUGAAGCGAAUACUUUGUGAAUACAAGCUUUCUUCAUAUGCAUUUAACUGGGCGGUAGAUCAGAUACGCACCUCUUUCCUUAAAGCUAUAGUUUCAGCUGGAGAGAUGGUGGGGACACUAGCUGCGCAGAGCAUUGGUGAGCCAGCGACGCAGAUGACUCUUAACACAUUCCACUUGGCUGGUGUAGCCAGCACUGUGACAAGAGGAGUGCCGCGCCUUAAAGAAAUAAUCAACGCUGCCCAAACAAUUAAAACCCCAUCUCUUACAAUCUAUCUAAAAGAGGAAAUACGGCAUACGCUUGAAGGCGCAAAGAGAGCGCAGCAGGAAAUAGAAAGAUGCUAUCUUAAGGACAUACUUUUAAAGUCUGAGAUAAUAUAUGAUCCAACGAUGCGCGCGGUCAAGGCGGAUGAAGACUUCAUAUUUGCGUAUGGUAUACUUGAUCCAACUGUGUACACACCAGACUCGCCGUGGAUGCUUAGGCUAGAGCUGAGCAGAAGCGCAAUGGUGGACAGAGGUAUCAGGAUAGAGCAGGUCGCAAAAACGCUUUCACACAGCACUACGUACAGGUGCAUGCACAGCGACCACAACUCUUCAGAGCAAAUCAUCCGUUGCGAGCUGCCAAAUAAUGAAGAAGCGCUGCGAAAGAUAGAAACCGGCGUUUCAUGCAUUAUGGUUAAGGGGAUGCCAAAAAUUAAAAGGGUGUUUAUAAGUGAAAUAGGCACAGAAGAUAAAAAAGAGUUUGUCCUGCAAACAGAAGGAACUGGGCUGCUUGAUGUGCUUAGCCAUCCACUAAUAGACCCCACACGCACUGUGUCAAAUGAUCCGCUAGAGAUGUGCAGAGUCUUUGGUGUUGAGGCUGCAAGAACCAGCAUUCUUAAUGAAAUUAGACUGGUGAUAGAAAGCGAUGGAUCGUAUGUGAACUUCCGGCACUUGGCGAUUUUGGCUGAUAUAAUGACACAAAGAGGAAUUAUAUGCGGUAUCACGCGGCAUGGCACAAACCGAGGAGAGUCUGGUGCUCUUAUGCGGUGCUCAUUUGAGGAGACGGUUGAAAUUUUGCUUGAGGCGGCUGCCACUGCUGAGAUAGAUAGAUGCAAGGGAGUGGUUGAGAGCGUUAUGCUGGGGAAGAUUGCCUCAAUAGGUACAGGAAUAACAGACGUGCUAAUUGACAAAAAGAGCAUUGAGCUUGGUGUUAUGGCAAUGGAGAAGUAUUCAUUUGAGGAUGAGGAGGAUAUUUCUGAUGAGGGAACCCCCGUAGACCUUCUUUCACCUUCAAGCACAAUACACUCCGACCACACUGUUAUGUCAAGUCCGUCAGACAGGUCCAUACAUGGAUGGUCGCCGCAGAAUACUGAAAUUGGAUAUACUGCAUCAAGCCCCAACAUAUCAUAUGGAUAUUCUAGUGGUGGGUAUGCGCCAUCAUCUCCUAACAUUGUGCACUCUCCAUACAUGCAGGGUGUAUCUUCACCUAGCCACGAAUAUGUUCCCAUGACGCCCAGAAGGAUGCCAGGAGUACACAACAAUAUGGGCGGAAUGAACAGCGGGGCAUACAGUAUCAGCUCUCCUAGCUCACAGAAGCUGUACUCGCCAGUUCCAUUCACACCUGCAUAUGGGUAUGGUGCCAUGGGCGAUGACAGCGAUGAGAGCAGCAGUAGCAGCGAUGAAUUCAAGAAUCCUAUACAAGAUGAAUAAGCUCUGUCUUAUCCUAGAAGUGGAAAUCAAAAAUGCUAUAGAUUUCUUCAUGCUCAUUUUGAAAUAAACAUGCAU